UCGCCGGCGCCAGAGCAAACACGGCGCGGGGAUAAAGCGGGGGCGCGGGCGGCGGCGGCGUGCCCACCAUGGCGCGAGCGCUGCUGCUCUGCCUGCUGCUCGUGGCCUCGGCCCUGGCCUCGCCGCUCGCCUCGGAGCAGGGGCUCAUCUUCAACCUGGACACGGAGGAGCUCUGCCUGCAGAGCAUCCAGUGCAAGAGCGGCUGCUGCUACCGGAGCAGCGCCCUCAGCCUGGCCCGCUGCAUGCCCAAGGCGGCCGAGACCCAGGAGUGCUCCCCCCAGAGCAUCUACAGCGUCUACUACAAGUGUCCCUGCGAGAGCGGCCUCACCUGCGACGCCGACGGCAGCCUGCUGGGCGCCAUCACCAACACCAACUUCGGCGUCUGCAAGGACCCCGGGGAUGCGGAGCAGCGCCGCUGACCCCCCCGUGCCCCCCCCAGCCGCCCUCUCGCGGCGGGGCCAGUAAAAAGCAUCUGCGGCC